CUGUGACCUCCCGCAGCAGGUAUACGAAAGACCGGCGGGGAAAAGGAUCCUCAACGCGGACGAUGUCCCGAGCGUCCUCUUCUCCGAAGUCGACUUCGAUCUAGACACUUCCACUGGGACUCAUUCUUGUGUUAGGUUGUGUGUGUUUCGUUUCGCAGGAUUAAUUCCGCGUGUGGGCUACUCUCGCAUUUUUUUUCAAUCGUGUGGGGGAACAGACGACGGGGUAGUUGUCUUCAUCUGUGCUGCCGGGGCCCGGGACCUGUUGCCUGCCUCGAUAUCAUUUUUUUCUUCCUCCGUACGCUCACUACUACAAGCACUCCACCAGCUGUGUUGUGUGCUUCGAAACCCUGGGAACGGAUACAGAACCGACUUCAGCUGUCGUCUGCUUCAAAGGCAUUGACAGCAGAGGGGGCCGCGGACGGGCGGGCAGCAGCAGCAGCCACUAGAGGCCAGCACUUGAGCAGCGGGGCCCGGCUGAGGAGGAGCGGGCACCAUGGAGCUGGCGCACACAAAGACCACCAAGGAGGUGCUGGACUACUUCGGCACAGACCCUGAUCAGGGCCUCAGUGAGUCCCAGGUCAAAAAGCUACAGGACAAGUAUGGUCCCAACGAACUACCUGCAGAAGAGGGAAAGCCUCUGUGGCAACUUAUACUCGAACAGUUUGACGACCUUCUAGUGAAGAUUUUAUUAUUAGCUGCUGUUAUUUCAUUUGUGUUGGCGCUAUUUGAGGAGCAUGAAGACUCCAUCACAGCCUUUGUUGAACCUUUCGUCAUCUUGCUCAUUCUGAUUGCCAAUGCCGUCGUUGGCGUGUGGCAGGAACGUAAUGCAGAGAGCGCGAUAGAAGCGCUCAAAGAGUACGAGCCCGAGAUGGGCAAAGUUAUACGCUCCAACAAACAGGGUGUCCAAAAGAUUCGUGCCAAGGAAAUCGUCCCUGGAGACCUUGUGGAGGUUUCUGUCGGUGACAAGGUCCCAGCCGAUAUCCGGUUGAUGAAGAUCCACUCCACAACCCUACGAGUGGACCAGUCCAUCUUGACCGGAGAGUCGGUCUCGGUCAUCAAGCACACAGACGCAAUUCCAGACCCCCGUGCUGUCAACCAGGACAAGAAAAACAUUCUUUUUUCGGGUACCAACAUUGCAUCAGGAAAGGCUGUUGGCAUUGUCGUUGGCACUGGCCUUGAAACUGCCAUUGGUAAGAUCCGGACAGAGAUGACGGAGACGGAAGAAGUGAAGACCCCACUGCAGCAGAAGUUGGACGAGUUUGGAGAGCAGCUCUCCAAGGUGAUCUCUGUGAUAUGCGUGGCGGUGUGGGCCAUCAACAUUGGACACUUCAACGACCCAGCACACGGUGGCUCGUGGAUCAAGGGGGCCGUGUAUUACUUCAAGAUUGCUGUGGCGCUGGCCGUAGCUGCCAUCCCCGAGGGCUUGCCGGCCGUCAUCACCACUUGCUUGGCCCUGGGCACGCGGCGCAUGGCCAAGAAGAAUGCCAUCGUGCGCUCCCUGCCCUCGGUUGAGACCCUCGGUUGCACAUCGGUCAUCUGCUCCGACAAGACUGGCACACUCACCACCAACCAGAUGUCGGUGAGCCGCUUCUUCAUUCUGGACAAGGCUGACCCCGGUGACAUCGCCUUCCACGAAUUUGAGGUAACUGGCUCUACUUACGAGCCCAUCGGUGAGGUCUUCAAGAACGGCGCCAAGGCCAACUGCGCAAACUACGAAGCCCUGCACGAGCUUACCACCAUCUGCUGCAUGUGCAACGACUCCAGCAUUGACUUCAAUGAGUACAAGCAAGCCUUUGAAAAAGUGGGUGAGGCCACUGAGACUGCACUGAUUGUGCUGGCUGAGAAGAUGAACCCCUUCGGAUUCGACAAGAGCGGAAAGUCCAGGCGCGACGCAGCAUUGACGGUCAAUCAUGGCGUGCAGGCAAUGUGGAAGAAAGAGUUCACCCUUGAGUUCUCCCGGGACCGAAAGUCUAUGAGCUCUUUCUGUGUUCCUACGAGGGCCGCUGCGAACACCAAGCUCGGCACUGGACCCAAGAUGUUUGUGAAGGGAGCCCCUGAGGGUGUUCUGGAUCGGUGCACCCACUGCAGGGUCGGCGACAAGAAGAUGGCCAUGUCGGGAGCUGUGAAGCAGCGCAUCUUGGACCUGACGCGUGCCUACGGCACAGGCCGUGACACACUGCGGUGCCUGGCCCUUGCCACCUUGGACAACCCACCCAAGCCGGAAGAGAUGGAACUUGGUGACUCCAACAAGUUUGCAACCUAUGAGGUGAACAUGACCUUUGUCGGUGUGGUGGGCAUGCUCGAUCCACCCCGGAAGGAAGUGUUUGACUCCAUCAUGCGUUGCCGGGCUGCCGGCAUUCGGGUCAUUGUCAUCACGGGCGACAACAAGGGCACGGCUGAGGCUAUCUGCCGCCGCAUCGGUGUCUUUGGGGAGGAUGAAGACACCACGGGCAUGUCCUACUCUGGCCGCGAGUUCGACGACUUACCCUUGGAGGAACAGCGACGAGCCGUCCAGAGGGCGCGGUUGUUUUCACGAGUGGAGCCCGCCCACAAAAGCAAAAUUGUUGAGUUCCUCCAGGCCGACGGCGAGAUUUCUGCCAUGACUGGUGACGGCGUGAAUGAUGCACCUGCUCUGAAGAAGGCUGAAAUUGGCAUCGCGAUGGGCUCGGGUACAGCAGUGGCCAAGUCUGCUUCGGAAAUGGUGCUCGCCGAUGACAACUUCUCUAGCAUUGUGUCAGCUGUGGAGGAAGGGCGUGCGAUCUACAACAACAUGAAGCAGUUCAUCCGUUACCUGAUCUCGUCCAACAUUGGUGAGGUGGUGAGCAUCUUCCUGACGGCAGCACUUGGCCUGCCCGAGGCCCUGAUCCCCGUGCAGCUGCUCUGGGUGAACCUGGUGACUGACGGCUUGCCUGCCACCGCCUUGGGCUUCAACCCGCCCGACUUGGACAUCAUGGAGCGACCUCCUCGCAAGGCCGACGAGUCCCUCAUCUCAGGCUGGCUGUUCUUCCGGUACAUGGCCAUUGGGGGCUACGUGGGUGCUGCGACGGUGGGCGCGGCGGCCUGGUGGUACAUGGUGUGCCCGGCGGGGCCUCACCUCAACUACUAUCAGCUGACGCACCACCUGUCCUGCCUCACAGACAAGGAGAACUUCCGUGGUGUCGACUGCGCGGUCUUCCACGACCCACACCCGAUGACCAUGGCCUUGUCUGUGCUCGUCACCAUUGAGAUGCUCAAUGCCCUCAACAGCUUGUCCGAGAACCAGUCUCUCCUGGUGAUGCCUCCCUGGACCAACUUGUGGCUGGUGGCAGCCAUGACUCUUUCCAUGACACUUCACUUUGUUGUGCUGUACUGCGACAUCCUCAAUACGGUGUUCUCUGUGUGCCCUCUGUCUGUGGCCGAGUGGUUUGCUGUCCUCAAGAUGUCCAUUCCGGUCAUCAUCCUCGACGAGACGAUGAAGUUCAUCGCCCGCAAGUUCAUCGAUGCAUCGGAUCAGAGUGCAUACCGCACGCGUCCCGCUAUGCCCCCUCCAAGGAAGAAAUGCAUGACUGGCCCAGUUGCCCCCGAAGUCCAGAAGAAGAAGAACUAGACGGACAAGGGGGGAAAAACAAAGCCAACGAAAUGAAAAAUGGUGCGCGCCCCCCUACUUUGCACGAACUGUUGGGCGACUAUGAGAAGACUCCAGCCGUGCGAGGAAAACGUGAACAACUCUCUUCGUUAGUGAAUUGUGUGACCUCAGAAACUUGUAGUAGUGCAUGUUCUCGUUAGCGGUGAAUUCAACUUUUCCUCUCUGGUCCUGUUUUUUUUUUUUUUUUUCGUAUUUCUCCGGUCAGUCCCUUCUCCUUUUUCCUUGUUUUUUUUUUUUUUUUUUUUUUUCUGUUUCAAUGCUCCCAGAGCUUUCUUACAGUUCUUGACAUUGCAAUGUAAGGCGCGUUUUAUGUAUCCCAAGAAGAAAACACGCACGUAGCAGACGUCAGGCGCGUGCCGUGUACGGUUUCAUCCAAAAAAGUUAACGCACACAUCCCUUGUUUAUUUCAUUUGUGUGGCCUUUCUCGAGUUUUAAAUGUCUAUGCCGAGGCUCCGUGCCCGUGUUCAGAGACCCAUUUUUUUUUUCCCGGGUGUGCAAUAUAGGAAUUCGUUAAUAUAAUGAUCUUUAUAGGAUACGGAACUAACUAAAUGUGGUGGUGUCGGCCGUGCCCCCCUCCAUAGCGGGCGCAGUUUUCGUCUGCUAUGCGUGGGCGUCGCCUGCAAGUUGCGCGCCGGCCGCACCCACCAUUCCAAGAAAAAACACGAGCCCGAACAAAAAAAAUAUAUACAUAUGUAAACAAAGCUGCGAAGAGCUUCGGACGGCGUUGGCUUGAGGAAAGCUCGUCGUGUGAGCUCUGCCGGGAAUAAAAAAAAGAAACGACGGUCGUCGGAACGCACAGCCAUCACGUGUACCAUCUCAUUCCCAGUUCCUGUAUCCUUUCUUUCUCCUAUGUGUGUGUGCCCACCACUUAUGUUAAUUUAAAACCGAGAGAGCGGCAUUUUCGGCAAAAAAAAAAGUAUGGUACGUGUACCACUUUACUGCACGUGUUGUGGAUUGUCAACGUAGGGAUGUUCGAAAUGACUUCUUUUUUUUUUUUUUUUCAUCUUGCUCACUUCUGUUGUAUAGUUGAGCCUCCUUUCGUGGUCGUCUUACACAUUUUUGUUUUUUUUUCCUCGCUGCUUGAUCGUGUGUACAUGACAGAUCUGGCGUAUUAUGUUGAUGUGCUACUUCGCGUGAAAGUAAAAAGGAAGGUAGAUAUAUAUUCAUCGGAAGUGCAUGACGGUAGAAGUGCACCGCAAGCGAUGGCAGUAAAGCCGGCCUAGUCUGGGAAUAGAGGGAGUUGGGGGGGGGGGAAAGGAAAACGUGGGGGAAUGAUGGAGGACGACCGUUGCCUCGUCGUGAGCGCAUGACUUGUAAAAAUUGCCGCCCAGCGGUCGCAGAAGGCUUUGCAUGCACCGCGACUCGGAGGAGCCGACCACAAACGAAAAGUGCUCGAGAAAAAAAAAAAAACGGAAGGCAAUGGUAGGUUUCCGUGGCGGUCGUCUCGGAGGCCUCGGCGCAGACGGCAAGGUUUGCCCUCCAUUCGCGAUAGAUCACGCUCGUUGCACGUAUGCGAUAAAAGAGCAUGACUACGUGCAUAAGGUGAGGCGCGCGGUUUUCUCUCGCCUCGGGUAUACAUGCACAUCGUGUACGCGCCCCUUGUUCGGUGCCCUUUGCUUUGCGAACGAGUUAUUAUUGAGAUUAACAGAGACCCAAGGAGGAGGGAAAAGGGAGUGACGGACGGCGCGCGCUGACAAGCAAAACUAAAACGGGCCGGCCGUCGCGUAGCGCACCAUGUCGAUGUACACGUCCUUCGUUCCCGCGGACUUUCACUCGUCUCUCGACCACUUGUGAUAUAUGUUAGCUCUGUGUGUCCACGUCCCACCGCCACCACCGACCCCCACCCUCUUGCCACCACCACCACUACACAUUUGCCCCUGCCCCCUCCUCCUCGAUCGGAAUGGGAAAGAGACCGUUUUGUACAGACCGGUGUGGACGGAGGUCAACCGUGUACCAUAAUAGAGAAAAUAAAACACGACUCCUCUAAACGUC